GUGUGUGCGCGCGCGCGCACACACACACGCGUGAGCUGGGAGGAGGGGGAGCGGCUGCAUUUGCCUGGUCAAGGCUGGGAGUGGAGAGUAGGGUGGGGAAGCCCCAGGCUCGGGGAGGGGCCGCAGCUCUGUCAGCCCGGCAGAGCCACCGUGAGCUCCGCGCCAGCAGAGCCAGAGCCCCCAGUCCUUCGGUCGCAGGCUUGCUAGCUCUCUGGAUCAUCCCUCCCUUCCUCCCUCCCUUCCUCCCCGCGGCGGUGGCGGCGCUGGGGAAGCGGUGAAGAGGAGUGGCCCAGCCCUGGAAGAAUGCGGCUCUGACAAGGGGACAGAACCCAACGCAGUCUCCCCACGGUUUAAGCAGCACUAGUGAAGCCCAGGCAACUCAACCGUGCCCGUCUCGGACCCCGCACCCAAACCACUGGAGGUCCUGAUCUAUCUGCCCACCGGAGCCUCCGGGCUUCGACAUGCUGGAGGAGCCCCGGCCGCGGCCUCCGCCCUCGGGCCUCGCGGGUCUCCUGUUCCUGGCGUUGUGCAGUCGGGCUCUAAGCCAUGAGAUUCUGGGCCUGAAGUUGCCUGGCGAGCCGCCGCUGACGGCCAACACCGUGUGCUUGACGCUGUCCGGCCUGAGCAAGCGGCAGCUAGGCCUGUGCCUGCGCAACCCCGACGUGACGGCGUCGGCGCUUCAGGGUCUGCACAUCGCGGUCCACGAGUGUCAGCACCAGCUGCGCGACCAGCGCUGGAACUGCUCAGCGCUCGAGGGCGGUGGCCGCCUGCCGCACCACAGCGCCAUCCUCAAGCGCGGUUUCCGAGAAAGUGCUUUUUCCUUCUCCAUGCUGGCUGCUGGGGUCAUGCACGCAGUAGCCACUGCCUGCAGCCUGGGCAAGCUGGUGAGCUGUGGCUGUGGCUGGAAGGGCAGUGGUGAGCAGGAUCGGCUGAGGGCCAAACUGCUGCAGCUGCAGGCAUUGUCCCGAGGCAAGAGUUUCCCCCACUCUCUGCCCAGCCCUGGCCCUGGCUCAGGCUCCAGCCCUGGCCCCCAGGACACAUGGGAAUGGGGUGGCUGUAACCAUGACAUGGACUUUGGAGAGAAGUUCUCUCGGGAUUUCUUGGAUUCCAGGGAAGCUCCCCGGGACAUCCAGGCACGAAUGCGAAUCCACAACAACAGGGUAGGGCGCCAGGUGGUAACUGAAAACCUGAAGCGGAAAUGCAAGUGUCAUGGCACGUCAGGCAGCUGCCAGUUCAAGACAUGCUGGAGGGCGGCCCCAGAGUUCCGGGCAGUGGGGGCGGCGUUGAGGGAGCGGCUGGGCCGGGCCAUCUUCAUCGAUACCCACAACCGCAAUUCUGGAGCCUUCCAGCCCCGUCUGCGUCCCCGUCGCCUCUCAGGAGAGCUGGUCUACUUUGAGAAGUCUCCUGACUUCUGUGAGCGAGACCCCACUAUGGGCUCCCCAGGGACAAGGGGCCGGGCCUGCAACAAGACCAGCCACCUGUUGGAUGGCUGUGGCAGCCUGUGCUGUGGCCGUGGGCACAACGUGCUCCGGCAGACACGAGUUGAGCGCUGCCAUUGCCGCUUCCACUGGUGCUGCUAUGUGCUGUGUGAUGAGUGCAAGGUUACAGAGUGGGUGAAUGUGUGUAAGUAACAAGUAAGUAAGUGAGGAGGAGGACUGUGUGAGAAGGGCUCCUUUUCAGCCCUUUGACCUGAUUUCCUUCCAAGGUCAAUCCUGGUCCCUGGAAACUUAAAGUAUCUACCUGGAAACAGCUUUAGGGGUGGUGGGGGUCAGGUGAACUCUGGGAUGUGUAGCCUUCUCCCCAACAAUUGGAGGGUCUUGAGGGGAAGCUGCCACCCCUCUUCUGCUCCUUAGACACCUGAAUGGUCUAAGAUGAAAUGCACUGUAUUGCUCCUCCCACUUCUCAACUCCAGAGCCCCUUUAACCCUGAUUCAUACUCCUUUUGGCUGGGGACUCCCUAUAGUUUCACCACUCCUCUCCCUUGAGGGGAUAACCCCAGGCAUUGUUUGGAGCCAUAAGAUCUGUAUCUAGAAAGAGAUCACCCAUUCAUGUGUACUAUCCCCAAACUCCUCUACUGCAGCCUGGGCUCCCUCUUGUGGGAUAAUGGGAGACAGUGGUAGAGAGGUUUUUCUUGGGAAGGGGACAGAGUGCUGAGGGGCACUCUCCCCUGAAUCCUCAGAGUUGUCUGUCCAGGCCCUUAGGGAAGUUGUCUCCUUCCAUUUAGAUGUUAAUGGGGACCCUCCAAAGGAAGGGGUUUUCCCAUGACUCUUGGAGCCUCUUUUUCCUUCUUCAGCAGGAAGGGUGGGAAUGGAUAAUUUAUUGUACUGAGACUUGUUCUUGGUUCCUGUUUGAAAUGAAAAUAAAUUAAGUUACUGGA